ACAAAAAUAAAUAUAAAAAUUGAUAAAAAAUAAGUGACAUUGUAGGAAUUGUGUAUAAAGUACAUGCGAUAAAAUUUUUCCUAUGAACCGCAUCAAAAAAGGGUUCCAGGAAUGCAUACAAAAUAAUUAUAUUAUAUACGCCAAAAGUGUUUAAUUGCAGCAAGUUCCUCUAAAAUCGAGCCGUUUAAAUAUCAAUAAAAAAAUUGCACAAAACAAAUACACAUACAGCAAUAAAAUCCAAUAAAAAACGUGUGCAAAAUCCACCACACAUCAUUAAAAAUUCUAAAUCACCCGUUUACAUCGUGAAAAUGUACGCGCAUCAAAGCAAAAUGCCGACGGCAGGUCGUAACUGUAACGUGCUAAUCUGUGCCAUAGUCGUCGCGUUCACUUGUUGCCUCACACCGCCAACCGUACGCGCCGUGCAUCGGUAUGAUCAAACGCCCGUCGAAGCUAGCCCUUACUACCGCACCUCCGCAUCGGGUGAAAUGAUCAGUUCAUCGGCGAUGACAAGUGAUGCAUUUCCGCAUCAUAAUCGUUGUGAACCGAUUACGAUUUCCAUAUGUAAAAAUAUACCCUACAAUAUGACAAUAAUGCCGAAUUUAAUUGGUCAUACGAAGCAAGAGGAAGCCGGUUUGGAGGUACAUCAAUUUGCGCCGCUCGUUAAAAUCGGUUGUAGUCCCGAUUUGCAGUUAUUCCUUUGCUCUUUGUAUGUGCCCGUUUGUACGAUACUCGAACAACCGAUACCGCCGUGUCGUUCGUUAUGUGAAUCGGCGCGUAUCUGUGAGACACUCAUGAAAACGUAUAAUUUCAAUUGGCCGGAGAAUUUGGAGUGUUCGAAAUUUCCCGUUAGUGGCGGUGAGGCUUUGUGUGUUGCCGAGAAUACGACUUCGUCGACGCCGACACCGACGCGUAGCAUACCGAAGGUGACGCCGCGCAAAAAUUAUGCAGACAGUCCGCAUCGUAAUAUCGGUUUCGUGUGUCCGGUUCAAUUGAAGACACCCCAAGGAAUGGGUUAUGCGCUAAAAGUUGGUGGAAAGGAAUUACGCGACUGUGGCGCACCGUGUCAUGCCAUGUUCUUCCCGGAAAAAGAACGCACUGUACUCCGCUACUGGGUUGGCUCGUGGGCGGCUGUCUGUGUGGCAAGUUGUCUAUUUACGGUGCUGACCUUUCUCAUUGACUCGUCGCGUUUUCGCUAUCCGGAGCGUGCCAUUGUUUUUCUCGCCGUUUGCUAUCUCGUCGUGGGUUGCGCGUAUGUGGCCGGUUUGGGCGCGGGCGAUUCGGUGGCGUGUCGUGAGCCCUUCCCGCCACCGGUGCGUCUAGGGCGGUUGCAGAUGAUGUCGACCAUAACGCAGGGUCAUCGCCAAACCACCGCUUGCACGGUUUUAUUUAUGGCGCUGUACUUUUGUUGCAUGGCCGCCUUUGCUUGGUGGUCGUGCUUGGCGUUCGCCUGGUUUUUAGCCGCCGGCCUCAAAUGGGGUCACGAGGCGAUCGAAAAUAAAUCGCAUUUAUUUCAUUUGGUCGCCUGGGCCAUACCGGCGUUGCAGACAAUUUCGGUGCUGGCAUUGGCCAAAGUUGAAGGCGACAUACUCUCCGGCGUUUGUUUCGUCGGUCAACUGGAUACACACUCACUCGGCGUCUUCCUCAUACUACCGCUCUGUAUUUAUCUCUCCAUCGGCGCACUCUUUUUACUCGCCGGCUUUGUAUCGCUCUUUCGCAUACGUACCGUUAUGAAGACAGAUGGCAAGCGUACGGAUAAAUUGGAGCGUCUCAUGAUGCGUAUCGGUUUUUUUUCAGGACUUUUCAUAUUGCCGGCGCUCGGUUUUCUCGGCUGUCUCUUCUAUGAGUAUUAUAACUUCGACGAAUGGAUGAUACAAUGGCAUCGCGAUAUUUGCAAACCCUUCUCCAUACCAUGUCCGCAGUUGCGCCAGGAUGGUUUGGAAUCGCGGCCCAUCUUCCAGAUUUAUAUGGCCAAAUAUUUGUGUUCAAUGUUGGUGGGCGUUACGUCGAGCGUGUGGUUGUAUUCGGGUAAGACGAUGGUGAGUUGGCGUAACUUCGUCGAGCGGCUGCAGGGGAAGGAUCCGCGUACGCGUGCUCAGGCUUAUGUUUAGUUUAGUUUAAUUAUUGAUAUCGUCAACAUUAUUAUUAAGGCAUGUAAGAGAGUGUGUGUGCUUGCAAAUUUCUCUUUGCAGUUGUUGCGUGAGUGAGUGUAAUAUGUGUUUGAGUUAUUUUUUUGAACUUUUUUUUAUUUUUGAGCAUAUUUUGUAAAAUAUUUCAUUAAAAAUGUUAGUGUAGUAUCCCAAGUCUCCUAAAAAUUACUUAACACAUAUAGAUAUAUAAAGCCUUGUUGUUUAUACCAACUGCUCAAUAGCUUAUUUGCACUCAAGUGAAUUGAGUGAAAGCCAAAAUGUUAGGUUAUAUGACAAUUAAAACUACUUAAGAAAUGAGAUUAUUAAGUAAUAUUGCUGCUUAUGCUUGUAUGUGUGUGUUUGAUAAAUUUUUGUAUUGAGUGUUAUUUAUGCAGGUGUGUGCUAUUUGUAAUAAUUAUUUGAGUUUGUAAUAUAGUUGAGUGUUUUAGCCAUUUUUCUGAAACUUUUGAGUGCAAAUGUUAAAAAAGUAUAGUGUGUUAAAAAGCUCAGCGAUUUCCAAAUUUUAUAAAAAAUAUGAAAAAGUAAUCAAAAUUAAUUUUUAAGUCAAAUUUUUGUGUCUAAGUGCUUCAAUUGUACGUAUUAUUAAUAUAAUGUAUUUUACUUUUGAUUUUGAUUGUGUAAAAACUUAACGGAUAUAUUUAGUUUGUAGUUGUAAAAGCUUUACAUGUGCCCUAAACAUAGUUGUAAAGAAGUUAACUUUUAAUAUAUUAUUCCACAGACAGAGAGAGAAGGCAGCUGAGAAGUUCGAAACAUACAAAAAUUUGGAAAAUUGGCAACAUAGCCAAGUGCAAAUUGAAAAGCGUUUAAAUUAUAAAAGGUCUUUAUACAUUUUCGGCAAGAAAUUUAUUUUUCUUAUUUCCACGUAUAUGUUAUUCCAGAUAUUUUAUUCUUAUUUCCACCUAUAUGUGAUCGAGAGCCUAAAUAGCGCACCUGUCGGAAUUGCCGGCAUAGAAAAUUGUAAUGUAAGAAGCAAUAGGCUCUUUUAAGAGACCCUAGGCGAGCAUUAUGAGCACUCCAUUUGUCAGAUAACACCAAAAUGAUUAAGAAAAGCGUAAUUAGUAAUAUGACUUUUUGCAGAAAUAACUUUCAAUACUGUGUUUCACAAGUUCAUAAAAGUCAAUAAGCUCUUUGAAGGGACUCAAAUAAAUUUUACAUAUCUCCAUUUGACAGAUAACCAAAAGUAUAAGUAUUCUAAUUUUUUUAAGAAAUAAUUUUCAAUACUGUGUUUCACAGGUUCAUAAAAAUCAGUUGACUUUUCGAAGGGAAUCAAAGGGAUUUUAGAUUACUCUAUUUGUCAGAUAACACCAAAAUAGCUACAAAAUUAUAUAUACUUAUAUAUAUAAUAAGUAUUAUUCCAAUUUCUUCAAGAAAUAACUUUCAAUACUCUGUUUCACAAGUUCAUAAAAAUCAAUAGACUUUUCUGUUAGACUCAAAGAGAUUUUAAAUCGCUCAAUUUGUCAAAUAACACUAAGAUACCCACAAAAAGUAUAAAUAAUUGUAUAAUCCCUUGGAGAAAGCACUUUCAGUAAUGUGUUUCACAAGUUCAUAAAUUUUAUUAAUUUUGAUUUAUAAUAUAGCACUGAGAAGGAAGGAAGAAAUAUUAACUGGCGGAACCCAGAUAAUGACUUUGAGGAACCCUGCGCUGGUUUUUCCAUACAAAUAUAUAUUUUUUUGUUUUUUGGGAAUUUUCCACCAAAUUAGUACCAGUGCUGUAUUUGCUGAUUGGAAUGUGGAAGAAAACUUUAAAAAUUUCAAAAAAGAGGUUUCAGACUCGUUGGACCAUUUCGAGAUUAUUAUAUAGAGAUAUAUUGACUAUAUUUUCGGACCUCUUUUAUUGAUAUAUUGUAUUUUUGAAUUACACAGCGAAAUAACUGAACCAAAAUUUAUCGACUUUUUAUUUAGAUCGGUCUUAAUAACGUUAUAAUUUUCCAAAAUAAAUAAUUAUUGCAAAAACUAUUAAUUAUAUUUCGUGUAAUUUUCCUCCAAUCAAAUCUUCAGACGAAAUUUAUUUUAUUAAUAAUUUUUAAAAUUCUCUAAACUGCCUUCUCUUAAAAAUUAAGCCUAAAAACUCGAAAAUAUAAAGUAAAAAAAUUUCAAAAUACAAAAAAAACUGCAACUGACUUUCUACUACAACAAAGAACCAUAAGAAAAACGUCCUCCAUGUGCUAAAUAUUUAAAAAUACAAAAAUAAAAAAAUAAAAAUACUAAGAAUUAAGCAGAAAUGUUUUGUUAAACUAGAAUUAAGCUGGUACAGAAUAUAAAAAAUAAAAUAUUUAAGAGAAUUAUUUUAAAAUAAUUUUCUCUUUAGGAAAUAAGCUUGCAUGUUAAAAUUUAAGCGCGACAAAAUAAAAAUAUUUAAAAUUAAAAAAAAAAAUAAUAAAAUACUAGCCUGUAAAAAUUAAAUAAUUUAAAAUAAAAAUAAUUUGUUGUAUAAAAAGGAAAAUUCACUUGAUUUUUGCAGCAAUGACGUUAUAGUCAUAAUUUUAAGUUUUCCUCGCUCAAAAUAUUGUAAAAAUUGCAUAAUAUAUUAAAUUUUACAAUAAAAAAAUCAACACUUUUUUGAACAACAGGCACUUUUGAUAGCUGAAUUUUUUAAAUUAUUA